AGAAGAAGAAGAAGAAGAAGAAGAAGAAAAAAUAGAAGAAGAGGAAGAAGAUGAUCUUUCAUGGACAAACUGCUGCUAAAAUCAAACAAAGUUUAGCUGUAUCAGUAUAGCUCUGUAUAUGGACUACUGGUGAGCUAAUUGCUAAACACAGAUGUGGGUAUGCAAAAGGAUUAGUUGCUGCAUCUGAGAAAUUAUUGCUUCAGUUUGACUGUUGUGGAAAACUGAGUCUAUUAGCCUGCAGUGCCAAGUUGGGAGGCAGAACUGAGUCUGUCAGCCUGCUCAAGGGCCAGGACAGCAGACAGCUUGUUCUUUAAUCACUCCAGAAACCUGACUGAUAUCGUUCUCAGAGAUGUUCAGGGGAGGGAGAGGAGCUGAAUCUCAGAAUGUAAACCUGCGUGCUCUGGAGAAAAUUAUUAAUUACACUCAGACCUGGUAUAGUCCAGGGCGUGGACGCCAGUUUGCGGUGGCUAUGAAUGUCCCAGCUCAUUACUGUAAUGGAAGCUCUGAGCUUGACAUCGGGUUUCUCAACCGUGAUAACCCAUAUGAAAUAAGAACUGAAUUGAGAGAUAAUCACAUUUAUGAAGGAGUAGAUCUGAUUGCUGCAACACAAAGAGAAGACAACACCGGCAACUUCUACCAUUCUGAGUACCUUCUGCUGAACCACCCACAUCCAGAACAAUCCCGCAUGAAAGAGCUGCUGAAUGUGGACGCGGAUGGCUGUGUGAUUUUCUACACCUACAACUCCCCCUGUAAGCAUACGUGCUUGAAUGAAGAUGCAGAACGCAACAUUCACAAUGCUGUCAGAAUGUUAGGAGAGCACCAAGGUCCAAAAGCAUUUGUUUAUAAUCAGAUAUUUCAAAAUGAUGAUCAAGAUCUAGAGGAACACCUUGCACGAAUAAAUGCAUUUGUGCCAGUAUAUCGUUGUCAACCUACACGUACCAGUAACUUUAACUUAUACCAGUACCCUAACCCUUACAUGAACUAUUACUUGAACGCUUAUCUUCACCCUGACCGUGCCAUGAACUUGAACCCUUACUAUAACCAUCACCCUUAAACUAGAACUUGAACCCUUACCUUACCCCUAACCCUAAUUGCUACCCUAAUCCUUUUUUUUAUUGCACCCCUGUUUCAGAAGUUGGGAUGCUGUACAAAAUGUAAAUAAAAACAGAAGACCAUGAUGCACAAAUAAUUUAAACUCUAU